GGUCAUGAAGCAUGCAGUCAGUGGAUUUCUCUGGGCUCCAUCUCCAUCGUGCAGUGGCAUUGACUAGCCCUUGGCCGCUGAAAUCCAACUCUCCGGCAUGAACACGAUGCAUUUCACCUUUCUCUAUUUGCGAAAACUUUCAUGAAGUCACAAGCAACGACUGUUGGAAAGGCCGUGCUCAUCAGUACCCGCUGCGGACAGCACCCCCCAACAUGACAGUAACCAAGGACUCCUGCUGCAGAUGAUUGUGCCAUUGUCAAAACACUUUUCCCUUUCCCGCUCACCGACGGCAAGAAAACGAGUCAUCAAAACUCAACUAAAAGUCAUACUGGCUUUCGCAAAGACACGUUUCGUUUUCACCCAGUAAUUGCGCUUGUUGCACGUCUCUCAACCGAAACUACUGAGAAAGCGGAUCUACAUACAGGGCCAUCGCAGCGCCCUCGCCCACAGAUGACCGCUACGGUUUCAUCUGCAAUGCAGCACAUUGACUGCUCACCAGAGCUAUGCGCGAGAUAAAGUUCUAUCAUAUGGGUGAGUGUGCGUUUUCGACUGUAGUUGAGAUCUCUUGCAAACUGGAGGUGCUUGUAAUUUCAGCGAGAAGCUACAAAUGGCACCCAGACGAAGUGCUCGUGCCGCGCGAGCAGCAUGCAUGAACGUCCGCAUGGCUUUAUAGUGACUCAGCAAACGCCCCACGACUCCAAGAUGAAUCACUCUCGACUGGUGAUUUCGCGGUCAUAUGAGAAUAGAGAAAUGCUGGUUUCAGUCCAUUUUCUUCGCGCACCUGUGAGGCGCCGUGGAAUAGUAUUGCGGGGCCUCCUAGUGAGCAUCUGUGGUUUUCUGUCACAGAAGGGACCGCUUUUUGAAAGAUUUUCCGUCAUCACUCCUACUCUAUCCACCAUCAACUUACCGUAUCCUUUGUUUGCUGCUGCGCAACCGUCCCGCGAAACAACGGAUGACUUACUUGUUGAAGACGCAUUCGACAAUGAUACCCUGCAGGACGGCCGUUCAGGUCUUCGCGGGCAGAAAAGUCCCCUGCUGUCCGCCAUAGAUCUAGACUUCCCAAGGAAUUCAUCUGAUCCUCCUCUCCCUCUGGAGCAGGCAACUGAAGAUGCGUCUUACAAAUGGAUCUACCCUCGCUAUCCCGGUCAAAAGUUCUACGCCCCACGAGGCGCCGAAAGUCCACAAAUGGCUUACCAUGGUGAGGCUUACCCGAAGGAGACCGAAGGCAGGCGUAAGCGCAGCUCUUUCACGGACUUGACCCACACCCAGAAUUCCCUCACCGCUUCGCACCGGGAUACCAGCUCAGCCGCCGAACCCGAUGGGUUUGUUUCAGGGAAGGCCUCUCCUAGUAUUGGUGGGAUUGACGUUACCCUGAAGGGACGCGAACGAAAAAGGAGAGCGGGGAACAGAGAGGAUAAAAGACAUUCCUGGAAACGACGGAGGCCAAGAGUGCAGCAGCAAAAGCGUGUUCGCCGGAGAAGAAAGACGCUUGAUGCCCGUCUAGCAAUCGUGACCGCAUUACUGGUAGGCGCAGUUUCCCUCCUCGGAUACCAGCAUGUUCAGCUGAAGCGUCUGAAGAAGAAAGGAGAUACUUUGGAUGCUCUGUUGUCAGUUGCGGAUGCACUUGCACAACGGUUGCACGACGAAAGUUCGACUUCGUCAAGCACUGAAGUCUACAAACUGAUGGUGGAUAUGAUGACACAAGGACAGGCUGCCCUGGAGAGUCAUGCAGAGCUCACGACUGCGGUCAAACGCAAAAGAAGAAUCGAACAGCAAAUGGAUGCGCGGAAGAAACUCGUGGACCAUUUGAGAAGCGGGAAACAUGCACAGCGAAAGGGAGUAACACAAGAUGUUAAACACGCGAUACGAAAGAUUUCUGAAGAGCACGAAAAAGAGGUUGUGGAACUUCUUGAAGAAGCAAUGAAAAUAAUCGACAGCUUCGCUUCUUUUGCAGAGACCUAGAAUCGAUGGGUGAAGACGGGUAUAGCGAAGGCUGAACUCCACUACAGUCAAGAGCUUCGUUGCAGGCUGAAAAGAACGACUCGAGAACGAAAUGAAAGGCGCCACGAAAUACAGGGACACCCCUGAGCAUGACGAAAUUUCGUGGAGUGAUAUUCUCAAACACCAGGUCGAUGUGCUUGAUUAAAAAGGACUCUCGACAGGAGCAAAGGACGCGGUCUUUCGAAACCAGCGAAAUCCGCGAAGGGUACUCCCAGUGCAAAAGCCAGCUCGCCUGUGAAUAUGGCUCCAUCACGUAUUUUACCUAGAAAGAAAAAACAUUAAUGAAUGCCCACCAUGGCGAUUAUACUACACUCUCGUAUUCGCCCUUGUUGAUGAAAAGGCGGGCUACAUGGUGAUCUGAUGUACAUCGUGAGGCAGCGUACGUCGAGUGGGCCCGGUGCCCGCCGAUAAGGUUCUGUCUGUAUCGCGACUGCCAUCUCUCUUUUCAGAACGACAGAGACAUUUGUGGAACAAUCUGUCGCUCUGUCUAUCUUGUUCUCGCAUGCCGUGACUGUCCUUCCGGUGACGGACUGACAGGUGUGGGAUCGACUACAAAUCACGCACAAAAUAUAUACAGGCUAAAUGUCAUUUUGGAUGUUUCCUUGUCCCAUGUGUUUGUACCUCUGGGUAUAGGGACUGUUCAUGAGAACCAUCCCCUUCGUUGCGCUCGGUUGAAACUUUCGGCAAAAGAGUUGCACUAGAAUAGAUUUUCCAGUCUUCUUUCCUGUGGUACCCGUAAAGUCAG